AUGAACUUUUCAGUUCCUGCGCUCGACCGCCUUGUGGCGGAAAGAGCUUCGUCAGGGGCUCACCCGCCAGCCGAUGCGAAAGGCAGGAAUACCGAGGGACACAGCGAGCAGCGACAGGCGAACGCCCUCCACGGUCUGCUUGCCAGCAUCACUGGCCUCGUACGCAGCGCGCAAGCCAUUCCCGCAGGUGACGAAUACUCGAUUCGGACGAGCAACGCGGAGGCGGCGAAGGAGACGCACCAGGCGGCCGCGGAGACUCUAGAAGUUCUUUCGCUGGCGACGAGUCUCGGGCUGCCUGGGUCGGGGUUCGCUGACGCCAGCCGAGCGAACAUCUAUGUCCAUCGCAAUCUCUCAGGCGUCGGUAGGGAUGCCGCGGGGGACGCGGGAGCAGCGAACGUCGAGCGAGCCCAGGAGCGCAGGAAUCUCUUUCCAGCGUUUCAGGAUUUCCUCGACGACCUCCUGGACGAUGUUGACAAAGCCAUUGCGUUCCACGAACGCCACCCCAACGCACCUCUGCCUCCGCCGAACAAACUCAAGAACAACGGUGUUUCUGGCGGAGACGCCGGCGCGUCAGAUGGCAGAGCCUCGAACUCUCUUUUCCCUGAAGGCCACAUUACUGCGCUGUCUUUGGCUUCCUCGUCCUCCUCGUCUGCAGCGGCGCGCGCGUCACCUCGGGCUGGCGCCAGCCUGGCAGCUUGCGGGGCGAGGCCAGGGGUCCUGGCGGAGCUUGCGAGCGCAGUCCGGAACCGACCCCAGAGGCAGUGGCUCCACCUCAUCGACAACUUCGCGCCGCGUUUCGUGCCGCGGUUGCCUCACAAGCCGCACGCCAGAGAGCCGCUUCAUCCCGCCAUUGUCCGUGCGCAGGCAGUGCGGCUGAAGCGCAUGCGGCGCUUGCGGAAACUGCUGGAUGGCGAGGACGACGGAUUCGACGAUGCGCCACAGACGCAGAACAAACCGUCGCAGGCUUCAGCCGACUCGCCCAACUCGGCGAACGCCGCAGAGCGACCGCAUAACGGCAGCCGCGACGCAGCGGCCGCCAGCGCUGGAAAGGCAGAGACCAAGGCAAAAGGGAAGAGCGCGGCGUCGACAGUUGUGCUUCCGCCGUCGCUGUCUCUUCACCUUCACGGACGCGGCGUUCUGCCGACCGCCGGUUCCGGAGGCGCGUCCGCCGAGUCCACGGGCUCACCCGAGUCCCCAGGUCAGGGGGCCUCGCCGAAGCGGUCUGUGGAGGGCGAGGAGACAGAGCCCCUUCCGCACGUCUACGAGGCUGAACUGUCGGAACUCCAAUGGAAAGGCGAGGACGGGCAGGCCGUUGACGGCAUUUUCGGCGGCUCUGAUUUGUUUGAAAUUUGCAAACCUCGUCGGUGGAAGCCGCUGAAGGACACUCCGCUCGUGCGCAUCUCCACUAAGGAGGAGCUGCAGGCCAUUGUGGACGAACUCUCGAGUGGAGUUCACCCACUGGUCGCCAUCGAUCUGGAGCACCACUCCUUCCACUCCUACCGAGGCUUCACAUGUCUGAUACAGUUGAGCACGCGCGAAAAAGACUAUCUGAUAGAUCCCUUCCCGCUCUUCGAGCAACUCCACGUCCUCAACGCCGUCACUGCCAAUCCGCGAAUCCUGAAAAUUUUCCACGGUUCCGAGAGCGACAUCAUUUGGCUGCAGAGAGACUUCAGCGUGUACGUCGUGAACAUGUUCGACACGUGCGUGGCGGCGCGCGCCCUUGCGCUUCCGGGUGGUGCCUCGCUGGCGAAUCUCCUGCACACCUACUGCGACGUCGAGGCCAACAAGCAGUACCAGCUAGCCGACUGGCGUCGGCGCCCGUUGACUCCAGAGUUGGAGCUCUACGCCCGAAGCGACACCCACUACCUGCCCUACAUCUUCGACGUGAUGAAAAACCAGCUGCUGUCAAGGCCCGACAUGGGAGGAGCCGUUGAAGGCCCAGCGGUCAGCGGACUAGAGGAGGGCCUUCAAGUCACUGAGGCAGGCGCACAGGCAAUGCAGGUUACCAUGGAGCGGAGUCGCGACAUCUGCCUGAAGACCCACGUGCAGGGCCCGUUCGACGCCCCGACCGAGGCGGAGCUGCUGCUCAAGCGAAAUCGCGCUGGCUUGUCGCCUCUCUCCUACGUUGUUUUUAUCGAGCUUCUCAAAUGGCGGGACAACUUGGCGCGGCGUCAAGACCGCAGUCCCGUCUCCCUCGCCACGCCCGCCCACCUGCUUCUUCUCGCGCAAAAGCGCCCGACGUCCACGAUGGAGUUCAACGCGGCCAUUCGACCGGCGCCGCCAACCCUCCGCCACCACACGCGAGAACUGAUUCAGCUUGUCCAGAAGAGCUUGCUUGACGCGGCUGCGGCUCAGCGUGCAGCGAACGCCGUCGGUCUGUCUCCGUCGUUGCCUCCGACGCCCAGUGCGCCCGGCAGCCCCGAGCCCGUACUGGCAGCGAUCGAGAGGUCGGCGAGUCAAGAGGAGAAGAAAAGCAGAAAGAGGAAGAGCAGGCCGGACGAGGACGACUCCCCGAGCUGCUCUAGCAGUGACGACGACGAAGCGCUUCUUCCACAAGCAACUCUGCUUGAGCAGGCGGCGCGCAAGGUGCGUCUGGACGCUGCGCAGAAGGCCUCUGGCUCUUCUUCGCCAUGCCGCAAGAAGGAGUUUUCCGCAGAUGAAGUUGGAGACGUUUCCGCGGGAGCGUGCGAGAGUGCCUCGCUCAGCGCGAAGAGUCGCGAAGGCUCUGGCAUGCUGGCGCCCACGGGCGAAGGCGAAACAGCGACCGGGGACGGCGAUGCGAAGCCGGUUGCGCGCCCGCGGGGACGAAAGGCGCAGAGCUGCGGGCUGAUUGUUGCAGCAGGCGCAGAUGGAGAAUCGCUGGUCACCGUCCAUUCCUCCCUCGGAAACAAACGAAGACGAGUCGAGCUCCCGCGCGUGACGGUCAAAGUCGUCCCUCUGGCUUCAGUGGAUGCAGCCGCUUAUCCAGACUUUUUCGGCCGACAACGCUCUGCUAACUUCGCUUCUGCGCCUGCCAACUGUAGGCUGCGCGGAGAUGCGAAGUCUUCAGGCAAGCAAGCUUCGACCGAUGAGGUCGUUCAUCGUGUGUACGAGCAGAUGAAGUUGGUGGAGCGGCAUCACUUGCUUGUGAGUCACGAGGUCCUUGGCGACCCUUUUUCGUGUCUGUGUCUCCCGGCUUCGUCGUUCUCGGACGCUGACGGAGGGGCGGACGGAGAAGCGAACGCGGCCGCACUUCCUGCCGCCUGCCACGAAGAGCAGGGACCAGCGGGCGCAUGCGCCGUGGCGCCUGACGAUGCGUCAUCCGCUUCGAGUUCUUCCUCCUUCUUCCCUUUGCUGUGUGCGGUCCCCGUUCCACCUCCUCCAGCCGCACUCUUGAGCGUUCUUGCCGAGCGCGACCAAGAGGCAGGCCGCUCUGAGUCCGACCGCGAAGCGGAAGGGACGCACGCCAACGACGGAGACGCGCCAGAAGGAAACGAAUUCGACACCGGGGGGGACGUUGUCAUUGUGUCUCAGCAAACGAAGUGGAAACGAAAAGGCCGCAAGCGCGGGAAAUGUGGGAAACAGAAACCAAGCGAGCAGGGGGAAAAGCUCCGAGAGUCUGGGGCGGGCAGGCCAGCCGCCAUUCCACAGAGAAAUGCAGAAGACGCAAAGGCAAGCGGCGUACGCGGUGGAGGCGCAGCCUUGCGCGCGGCCGGUGCGGCUUCCCUCGCACAGGCCGCAUGCACCGUAGGCACGCCCGAGCUGCCGCUCCUCGCACCUGACGCAGCCUUGCGGCGCUCAAAAUUCAUGAAGGACAAGAAAUCUCAGCGGCCUGAUCAGACGCCGUCCUCUGGCAUCGCACAGGUCGACAAGCACGGGGCGGCACCUGCUGAAAGUGCUCCGAUUCCUGCAUCGGGGGAGAAGGGGGGGCAGGUCAGACAUGCUGAGAAGAGCAAGAAAGGAAGAAAGGAAGUGUCCUUUGCUGCAGGUGCGGAGAGCGGCACGGAAGACUCUGGAACCGAGAAGCAAAAACUCAGUUGGCUUCCUGCGGCGUUCCUCAGCCACGGUCUGACCGCUGCAGGACUCACUGUCCAGCAGACGGGAGGGAGGAGGGACGGGAAGGGUUCCGGAAAACCUCCACAUUUCAAAAAAGGCAAGAAGAAGGGGUUUUUUUAG